AUGCCGCCAACACCGCGCCGUGGCAUCACGGGUGUCCAAAAGCAAGCCCUACGGGCGUGGGCAAAAGGUCAAGAACAUCGCCCAUCGCACGCUCAGUCAUGUGCCUGGUUUGAACGAACAUACGGACGGCACCUCAGCCAGUCCACUUGCUCAGAGAUCCUCUCUAAGAAGUUCGACCAUCUUGAUAGCGUUACCGGCGAUGCAGCGAAUCUACUCCGCCAACGAGCACCACAAUGGCCACUUCUUGAACAGCAAUUAUUUGAGUGGCUAGAUACUCUUGCCCCCGGUGCAACGACCCCGGCAGAGGUUCUCACUCACAAGGCGCGCGAAAUCUGGAAUCGGAUCCCGGAGUACCAGACUCUGCCGGUUCCCCAUUUUAGUAAUGGCUGGAUGGGGAAAUUCCGGAAACGAUAUACUGAUCGUGUGAGCGCGCGUCCGGCCGGAGGUGCUCUUACAGCUGCGCCAAUGCAAACCACUCGGAAGGAGAUGAAGGGAUUAAGAGCGAUGGCUGGUGAAUUCCACGAAACUGAUAUCUACAAUAUGGAUGAGAUGGGCCUUUUCUGGCGCAAGCCUCCUGUUUACCUUCUUUCCUCUCAGGACCCAUGGACGACCAGUCGAGAGAACUCGCGUGUCUGUGUCAUGGCGUGUACCAAUAGUACUGGCUCGGAUCGUCUGCCACUCUGGAUGAUUGGCCAUUCCCAGAUGCCACAAGCACUAAGCAAGAUCAAUCUCGAAGCGAUGGACUGUCACUGGAGAUACAAUACUCACGCAUGGCUGACACGAAGUUUGAUGCAAGAAUGGCUUCUCUUCUUCUACCGCCACGUAGGCGAUCGAAGGGUUCUCCUGCUGCUUGACCAACAUCCCGACCAUCAGGCCGCGAUUGAUGCCGUCCCACCGCCGCCUAAUGUGCAUAUUCAGCUGUUCCCCAAGCAGACCAACCAAUCGGCUGAGCAGCAACCUCUCAGCCUAGGUAUUGUGCAAGCUCUCAAGCACUGGUAUCGCAAAUACUGGCUUACCUACCUUGUGUCUGGUUUGAGCACAUGCGAGAACUUGGUACACAAGAUGAAUCUAUAUCGAGCAAUGUGCUGGAUAACGCGUAGCUGGCGCCAUGACCUGGCCAAUGCGACAAUCAACAGAGCGUUCCGGAGGAGCAGCCUAUUGGACCCACAGCUCGAUUAUAUCUCUGCGCCAAGGUUGCCGGACUUGACAGCUCUCUACAACACUAUCGUGCAGAACAAUAGGGGUCUAGCCGUGAUCAGCCUUGAGAACUUCACUCAUCCACUGGAUGAAGACUUCGAGACCCACUUGGGUAAUGCAGAUGAUGCUGGCGAGGCUUUAAAUGAACAAAUACGUUUGGAUGAACCUAUCCUCCCUGUACCCGCACAUGACACCACUCCCCCUGCGCAGGAUGCGGGUGCCGGAUUGCAAACUGCUAUUAAUUAUUUGUUGCACCAGCCUUGGACUACGGCGAGUGAUAUUCAGUCUUUGGAACGCGUGGAGAGAAUUAUCAACCGGUUUGCUAUUGAUGAGAAGGGAAAGGGACAUGCCGGGGCUUUUAAUUGA